AUGGCCACAGCAGCCCUCCUGACCUCGGCAGCGGCUGGGCUCAGCUCCCCCCGGGGCACCGCGGCCCCUUCCCCGUGCACCAUGCACGUCACCAGGCCAAAGUCUGCCAAGGGCCGCAGGAGGCCGAGCUUCAGCUGCCCCCAGAGCCCGGGGACCUGUCCUUGCCAAGCGCCGCCGGGACCUUCCCCGCCGGCAGCGGCCGGCCGGGGCUCGGCGAGCGGCCGCGGAGCCUUGGCCGCAGCCCCGGCGGUCCCGGCCGGCAGGGCGGCUGCCGGGCAGGUGCCAGCGCUGCUGCAGCAAGUGCCCCUGAGGAGCUGCUCUUCCCUCAACAGGUACAGGGUGCUCCCCUCCAUCGGCUGCAGAGGGGCCGCGGAGGUGCUGGCCGAGGGCACCGACCGGCUGAGCCUGCAGGAGCGGCGGGAGGACGCUGCCCGAAGCGGAGCUGCGGCCGGAGAGCGGAGCCCUGCCGGCGCCCCGGCGGAACGGCACGGCCCCCGUGCGGAGAGCUCACACGGCCAGCGCCCUCCCGCCAAGCCAGGAAGGCAAACUCGGCAGCACAGCCCUCCGAGGUUGACUUCAGGCGUGGAAGAGUCGGAGCUGCUGCUGGCGGUUCGCUCUCCCUCCGGCCGGAGAGUCCAGCACCGCUUCAAGCCCAGCGACAGCCUCCGAACCGUCCUGGCCGUGGCAGAGCAGGGAACAGCGUCCAGGUACAGACACUGCAGCCUGGAAACGAUGGAGGUGCCCCGGAGGAGCUUCUCUGACCUGAGCAGGUCCCUCCGCGAGUGUGGGAUCCUCCACAAGUCCGUGCUCUGCAUCCGCCUCUCGGAGCAGCACGACCCAGAGCUGUAG